AUGGACAAGGAGCCAGAUGGUGUGGUUGUCUAUGCUAAUGGCGAUUCGUGUAAUCCAAAUCAAGAAAAUGUUUUUGUGCCUCCCUUAGAUUCAGAAUCAUGUGAUGAGGCUAAUGGAAAUACAGAGCAUCUAUUUACAGAAGAGAACAAUGAAGUAAGAGAAUACGACGUUAAAGAAUGUACCAAUGAGAUUCCGGUUGCUAAGCCAUUUGAAGAUGGCGAUAUUGAGAUAGCUGCGUUGAGAAAGGAUGUUGGAGGUGCUAAACCGGUAAAUAAGUUGGUUUUACCAGCAAAACAUGCUUCAAAAUCGGGUCGUGGGGGUAUCAAAAUAAGGAACACCGUUCCACAGCCUUUCGCUUUGGCUACUGAGAAGCGUGCUUCAUCUGCGGCUGUGUCGAAAAUAUUUCCUGAUGGGUACAGUAAAGUAGAAAAUCAGGAUACAAAGGUACCUAGGAAACCAUUGCAGCCGAAAAACAAGAAGCUUUCUGAUGAGGAAGAUUCUUGCUCUGUUGCGUCUUAUGCCACAUCGGCUGCAAAGUCUUCUAAAUCAAGAACUAUUGUCACCGCAGCUCCUUCCUUUCGAUCCACUGAGCGUGCUGAGAAGCGGAAGGAGUUCUAUACAAAACUGGAGGAGAAACACCAAGCCAUGGAGGCCGAGAAAACACAGAGCGAAGCAAGAAACAAGGAAGAAAACGAUGCGGCCUUAAGGCAAUUAAGAAAGAGUUUGAUGUUCAAAGCAAACCCAAUGCCAAACUUUUACAACGAAGGGCCUCCUCCAAAGGUUGAACUUAAGAAGCCUCCUCCAACUCGAGCAAAAUCGCCAAAACUAGGGCGGAGAAAUCCAAAAGAAGGGAACAGAGCAAAAGGAGGUUCGAGGCGGCAUGAAACUCGUAAGACUCUAGUGAUCUCUAAAGAAGACCCUUAUGAUCAAACCACACAGGAUGCUGACCGGUUUGUUACUGAGGAAGUGAACCGAAGUUUGGAACCGGAGACAGGUUUUGCAUGCUAA